AUGGCUGCUUCUCAGUUCGCGACUCCCACAGAGUUAAUCGCACUUACAUCUUCUAUGAUGAUUUGCGUCAGAAGUUUGGGAGGGUCAAUUGGCCUGGCAAUCAAUAAUGCCGUUCUCCACAGCGCUUUGGAUAAGGAACUACCAAAGGUCGUUGCAGCAGCACUGCCCUUAGGAUUACCAGCAUCAUCUCUGGGUGAUCUGAUCCAAGCCUUAGCGUCACAAAAUAAACAGGCAAUUGCUACUGUACCUGGCAUCACGCUUCAGAUAGCCGAGGCAGUGGUCAGGGGAAUGAAAAGAGCAUAUGUGGUUGCUUUCAGGAACAGCUGGAUCGUAUCCGCCGCUUUCAGCGCUCUUCUGGUCAUAACAUGUCUAUUCAUCAAGGAGCAAGCAGAAGCCUUUGACAAGCGUAUCGAUGCACCUGUCGAAAGUGGUUCUCAAGGCUUCUAUGAUGAAGAAAAGAAUCGUGAAGCAACUGUACAAGUGAGCCAUGGAGAGAAUGUUUAG